GAGAAUCGAAUGGACAAUCAGCUGUGCGCGCAAUCAUGGCCGAGCUGCGGGAAGAGGAUCUCGUCAUACCGCCCGUGCAGUACGAAUAUCUCGAUCACACCGCGGACGUGCAAUUGCACGCGUGGGGCGACACGUUGAAGGAGGCUUUCGAACAAUGCGCGAUGUCCAUGUUCGGUUAUAUGACGGAUCUGGAAAGGGUAGAGAUCAAGCAGGUGCAUCAUGUGGAAGCCGAGGGUCACGAUAUCAUGAGUCUGCUCUAUCACUUUCUCGACGAGCUGCUCUUCAUGUUCUGCGCGGAGCCCUAUCUUGUUGCCAAGAAGGUCAAGAUUACUGAAUUUGACAAGGAAAACCUCAAAAUCAAGGCAACCGCAUACGGCGAAGAAUUCACGAUUGGAAAACACCCGCAAGGUGCCGAAGUGAAGGCAAUCACGUACUCGGCGAUGCAAAUACUUGAUCGUCCUGAGGUAAAUCAACCCGAGGUCUUCGUAAUCGUCGACAUAUGACUGUGCCGACUGUGUAUAAAAGGCACGUCAGGCAGGUCGUCGUCUCGACGUUUUCUCGCGCGCAGCACGAUUCCGGACACGCUUUAAAACCAGUUGAGAAAGUGGGGAUGAGAAGACCGGCUUUAAACAGAGGGUUGAAGAGAAAAGCGAAGGGAGAGACGCUGUCUCUCGAAAGGCAAGAAGGGAGGCCGCCGCCCUACGCCUCCCCUAUGGUCUACAUUGGAUACGAUUCUUUUGUACUUGCUUUGUAGGGUUCAAAUAAAUACGUUAUGAAGAAAGCACCGGGCCCCUUCUUGGCUUGACCUAACUCAGGCGUGUACUAAGUUUUUCCGAACUCCCGGAAAAGCGUAGUUCGACAGGGCUUGACGGAAGAUGAUCUCCGAUUUCAACAGGAAUGCCGUGUCACGGACACAUUUCAUCUCGACUGGUUUUUUUUUUUUUUUUUUGAACUUGAUUACUAAUGUGUCUUAUUAAAUAUGUUUUUUGUUAAAAAGAUAAUGGAAUCAAAACAAAAAAAAGAUUCCAUUCAGUUCUAAUAUAUUACAAUGUAAUGGUUUUCUUAUUUCGUGUGACAAAACGCUCUGUUAAUAUUUUCUUUUAAACAGUAUUUAUCACAUGAAAUUUUCAACGCACCUCUUCAGGAUUUUUUUUAAACAAAAAGUUUGAUAUAAAACAUAAAAAGUAUGUUUUAAGAGAAGAAAAUUGAGACAAUCUUAUUUUCAUCAUAUUUUCUUAUGUGUUUGGUAAGUUUCUCUCUGUUUGCAUAAAUGCAGCAAGAGAAGAAAGAAAUUCCAAUUGUUUAUUUAAACGUGUAUCUAUUUCUUGCGAGUAAGAAAAUAAUUUUAUAACGAAAUUCAACCGUAAACUAACUAUAAGUGUGUAAAUAAAUGAUUUUUUUUUACAAGAAAGUCUUGUACUUUCCACAACAGAUCUUGAUGUGUAUUGCUGAUCGUUAUGUCUCUGCUGUUAAAAAAUAAACAAGAGCGAGAACAACAGAGCGAUUGUGUGUUUUCGUAAAAAUAGAAGCGUGUGUGUGAGAUG